AAGCAUUUACCAUUUCCCGUUUCCCAUUUCCGUGUUGGAGCCCUAAACCUUACUUACAGACAGCGACAACGAUGGUGUGCAUAAGGAAGGCUACGGUGAACGACCUGCUUGCGAUGCAAGCGUGCAAUCUCUUUUGCCUUCCUGAGAACUACCAGAUGAAGUACUAUCUCUACCACAUCCUCUCUUGGCCCCAACUUCUCUACGUCGCCGAAGACUACAACGGUCGCAUCGUCGGUUACGUUCUCGCCAAAAUGGAAGAAGAGACCAACGAAUGCCACGGCCACAUCACCUCCCUCGCCGUCCUCCGCACCCACCGCAAACUCGGCCUCGCCACCAAACUCAUGACCGCUGCCCAAAACGCCAUGGAACAGGUGUUCGGCGCCGAGUAUGUGUCGCUUCACGUGAGGAAGAGCAACCGUGCGGCGUUUAAUUUGUAUACGGAGACCUUGGGAUACAAGAUUCAUGAUGUGGAGGCCAAGUAUUAUGCGGAUGGAGAGGAUGCUUAUGACAUGAGGAAGCAGCUCAAGGGCAAGCAGAUGCAUCAGCAUCAUCAUCACCACCAUCACCAUCAUCAUCACCAUCAUGAGCAUGGUGGUGGGUGCUGUUCUGGGGAGGCUAAGGUGGAAAAGGCGGAGACCAAGGGGAAUGCAAAAGCCUCCUGAUUGUUGUUGAGGGGCAUUCAAUGAGCUAUUCGAGUUUUAAAUUAUGUUAGUUACUAGUGGGGACUGAUGUCGAUGAUGGCAGAGUUGUUAAUUGCACCAUUUUUUGGCACUAUAAUGUCAUGAUGCGUGGAGCGGCCUCCAGCUUCUACUGGAGAUCCAUUUGUGUUGUGCUAGUCAUAGCUGAGAUAUUGGCUGUUUGCAGCUCUCAUUUUGUGGCUGUUGCGGCCACUACUGUCAACAGUUUGGCCAUCAGAAGCAAUUUCUUGGCCAGCCCGCUGUCUUCUGUCUGAUCCCAGCCCUUUUCCAGCUGUCCCACCCUCUGUUUGCAUCUCCAUCAUUUGACAGGAAUUCUGCAAUUGUGAUAAGUGGGUGUUGUGAACCACUUCUAUGGUUCUAUAUCCUUCAAAGAAAUGAAAAACGCACUGUUUCCUCCUCUUGCUAAUUCAUUUCACUGGAUCACUGUCCAAGUGCCUAUAUUUAUUCAUUUACUUUUCCUUUACUUUUAAUAUGUUAGACUAUUGUUAUCUUUUACUUGAUAGACUUAUUAUUUGCCAUUUUUCUGUGUGUGAGCAAAUUUUCAGCUGCAACCAUUCUCACUUUGUUGCUUCUCUUUACCCUGUUUGAUUAAACUGCAAUUCUUUAUGAUUUUUGAUAUAUAUGAUGAAUGUUCCUUAAGUUGAGUGUUAAGUAUACAUUAAAAAUUAGCAUUGUAGUGCUAUCUUCAGUAUGACAGAAUGUUAUCGCCUUGUUUGAUCCAUGUAGCCAGUUCCACUUAGUGGGAAAAGACUUGGUUGUUAGUGGUGAUUUACCUCUCUAUCUUCAGUAUAGUUGCCUCUUCAUGAUCUGCUAUGCCACUGUAGCAUGUUUUGAAUUGGCUGGUUCAUGCCGCCAGUUGUAAUUAAUUUGUAGGGAUGAUAGAAAUUGAGGAUGAAUAUUGACAUCAUGUUACCGAUUGAGAACUGUUCUUGCCUAGUUUUGGAUGAACUAAAAUGUGGGAAUGAUGAUAUUUUAUUGCUGAUGCAAACCAGAUAAAAGAGCUGGGUGAUUGUGGAGUAUUUUAGGGGUUGUUUUGGAAAGGAAGUUUUGAAGGGGAGGAAAGGGGGAUGGUAAAUUUUCUAUUUUAAAUAAAUAAAUUUAAAAUUAAUUUUUUUUUAAAAUAAAGGAUAUAAAAUGAUAUAUUAACCUAAACUUAAACUAUUCAUUAUGUAUUUAUCAUCAUAAAUGAUAUAUAAUUUUUUUAACUUAAAAUUUAAAAAUAUGCCCUCCCUUCUCCUCCAACCCCUUCUCUCAAACAAUACCUCUCUGCAUCAUCCUAUACUCAUUAUUUCUGAUUGUUACUAACACCUACAAAGAAUGGGAAUAUCAUUGUUUUUCAUGAAAACAUGAAUGCAACUCUGAUUACUGGUUCUUAUCUGGAUGAAUUCUUCAGCCCUGGAUGUUAUGUCUAUUUUACGUGGAUUGCUGCAAUUUUAAAGUUAUGUACAGUGCGGCAAAAAUUGAGAGUUGCGAAAUCUGAAGAGUUAAACCAAAGUAGGCAAAAGAAGAACAGUGAAGACAUCCGGUUUCUUCGAAACAAUUUUUUUUUUCAGUUUUCUUAUCUGUCCAUACAUUUUUCUUUUAUAUAAUUUAUAAUAUGAACAUUGGCAGCUAAUCAGCUCUACAACUUUAUGGAACAUUGCUUGACCCGUUGCUGGCACACUUACUCCAAAUUCAUGUCUUCUCAGAUCAAUUGGAUACUUAGAACUCAAUAUGGAUUUUUUCUUUCCUCUACUUUGAUGCGGCAAACUUGUUCUUAUGCAUGUUCUGCUCUAUUUAUGAAGGUAAUUUUGCUGAGGCGAACAUCUACUCAGAAUCAUUGGAUGGUUGCUUACUCGACGUAUACUCAAAAAUGGCUGUAAUUUAAAGUGAGCUAGCUUUAUUAUAUUAAGAGAGAAGACGUAACCUUUUUUAGUUUGUCAGCUUAGUAGAAUACAAAAGUACUGGGCUUAUUUGUUAAAUACUUAAAUUUGAAAAGACCUAAGCUUUGGAACACUUCCCAGUUCACCCUGGCAUUUUCCAUGUAUCGAAACACAGUGAACGGAUGAUGUUGGUAUUCUUUGAAAUUUUCUUUUAAUUUUUUGAAAGCUUUUUUAACU